ACCUCCACAAGAGUGCCUGCACACGCGCGAUCUCUGUAUCUCACUCGCGAUUGAGAAACAUAGCAAACAAAGCGAGAGUGAAAAAAAACCAGAAACCCUAAAACCAAAGAGAAUCAAAAUUGAGGAAAAUUUUCUUUCAAUCUCCCACUCGCUCACCUCCCUCGCGUGAGCUUUCACCUUGCAACUUCACAGAUCGAACCCAACACGCACAGAAAGAGAGAAGAAGCUCUAUAGGUGCCUUGACAGCAGUGGUUGUAAGAACUGUUGUCAAGUCUCAUCAUGGACAUUGAUCUUAGGUUACCUUCUGGUGAUCAUGAUAAGGAAGGUGAAGAACCAAAUGGUGUCGAUAAUAUGUUGAGUGAAGUCAAGCUGCAUAAUGGAGAUGCAGAGACUGGAAAUGUUGUUGAUGUCGCAGAGGAAAUACUUUCUAUAGAAGGUGGAGAUGUGAAUUCUCCCACUCCAACGACAUUCAAAGAGGACACAAAUCUUGAGCCACUUUCUGGUAUGGAAUUUGAAUCACAUGGGGCAGCAUAUUCGUUUUAUCAAGAAUAUGCUCGAUCUAUGGGAUUUAAUACUGCGAUACAGAACAGCCGCCGUUCAAAAACAUCGAGGGAGUUCAUUGAUGCGAAAUUUGCUUGUUCUAGGUAUGGGACGAAGCGAGAGUAUGACAAGUCCUUUAACCGGCCACGUUCCAGACAAACCAAGCAAGACCCAGAAAAUGGAACUAGCCGACGAUCGUGUUCAAAGACAGACUGCAAGGCAAGCAUGCAUGUGAAGAGAAGGCCAGAUGGAAAAUGGGUCAUCCAUAGUUUUGUGAAGGAGCACAAUCAUGGUCUUUUACCUGCCCAAGCCGUUAGUGAACAAACUAGAAGGAUGUAUGCCGCAAUGGCUCAACAGUUUGCGGAAUAUAAAAAUGUUGCUGGUCUCAAGAAUGACCCUAAAAAUUCAUUUGACAAGGGCCGGAACUUGGGACUUGAAGCUGGGGAUACCAAAAUUUUGCUUGAUUUUUUCACCAAGAUGCAAAAUAUGAAUUCCAACUUUUUUUAUGCCGUAGAUUUGGGUGAAGAUCAAUGUUUGAAGAACUUGUUUUGGACUGAUGCCAAAAGCAGGCAUGACUACGGUAACUUCUCUGACGUUGUAUCUUUUGACACCACAUAUGUCAGAAACAAGUAUAAGAUGCCUCUUGCUCUUUUUGUUGGAGUGAACCAACAUUAUCAGUUCAUGUUGCUUGGAUGUGCCCUGAUAUCAGAUGAAAGUGCAGCUACUUAUUCUUGGUUAAUGCAGACUUGGCUCAGAGCAAUGGGUGGACAGACCCCAAAGGUUAUAAUCACUGACCAAGAUAAAGCCAUGAAGCUAGUAAUUUCAGAGGUCUUUCCAAGUGCUCAACAUUGCUUUUUCUUGUGGAACAUUCUGGGGAAGGUCUCUGAAAAUCUGGGAAGCGUGAUAAAACAAAACGAAAACUUCAUGGCCAAAUUUGAUAAAUGCAUCUUCAGAUCAUGGACAGAGAAUGAGUUUGGGAAAAGGUGGUGGAAAAUUCUUGACAGAUUUGAACUCAGAGAGAAUGAAUGGAUGCAAUCACUGUAUGAAGAUCGUGAGCAAUGGGUGCCAAUCUACAUGAGAGGUGCCUUUUUGGCUGGGAUGUCUACAGUUCUGCGAUCUGAGAGCACAAACUCCCACUUUGAUAAGCAUGUGCAUAAGAAGACAACUGUGCAGGAAUUUGUGAGACAGUAUGAACCAAUUCUACAAGAUAGAUAUGAGGAGGAAGCCAAAGCAGAUUCUGAUACAUGGAACAAGCAACCUUCAUUGAAAUCUCCCUCGCCUUUGGAAAAGAGUGUUUCAGGGGUGUACACACAUGCAGUAUUCAAGAAAUUCCAAGUUGAGGUCUUAGGUGUAGUCGCCUGCCAUCCCAAAAUGGAAAGCCAAGAUGAGAUCAGCGUUAGUUUUAGAGUUCAGGAUUUGGAGAAGCAUCAAGAUUUCACUGUUUUGUGGAAUCAAAUGAGGUUGGAGGUCUCAUGUAUAUGCCGACUAUAUGAAUAUAAGGGUUUUCUUUGUAGGCAUGCUCUGGUUGUUCUUCAAAUGUGUCAACAAUCUGCCAUCCCAUCACAAUAUAUUUUGAAAAGGUGGACAAAAGAAGCAAAGAGCAAACAUCUUUUAGGGGAAGAAUCUGAAAAGGUUCAAUCUAGGGUGCAAAGGUACAAUGACUUGUGCCAGCGAGCUCUGAAAUUGAGUGAAGAGGCUUCGUUAUCUCAAGAGAGUUACAAUAUUGCCUUUCGUGCUCUAGGAGAAGUUUUUGGAAACUGCAUCAGCAUGAAUAAUUCUAACAAGAGUCUGGUGGAAGCUGGUACAUCUACCACUCAUGAUCUGCUCUGUAUUGAAGAUGAUAGCCAAAAUAGGAGUAUGACUAAGACAAAUAAGAAAAAGAAUCAAACCAAGAAAAGAAAGGUGAAUUCUGAGCAGGAGAUCACGCCUGAUGGGCCACAGGAUAGCUUGCAACAAAUGGACAAAUUAAGUUCAAGAGCAGUAGCCCUAGAAGGCUAUUAUGGAACACAACAGGGAGUGCCAGGAAUGGUGCAACUAAACUUGAUGGCUCCAACACGUGAUAAUUACUACAGCAAUCAGCAGACCAUCCAGGGCCUGGGACAGUUAAACUCAAUAGCGCCAAGCCAUGAUGGUUAUUACGGCACUCAGCAAAGCAUGCAUGGGCUGAACUUGCAGGGACAGAUGGAUUUCUUUCGCACACCAACUGGAUUCGCUUAUAGCAUCAGGCAGGACGACCCCAAUGUAAGAACAGCGCAGCUACAUGAUGAUGGAUCCAGGCAUGCAUGAGGAACAAUUUUCUCACUGUAAGGCAGUUCACAUUUUGAAACAGUUUCUUGAAUCAUGUGGCAAUUGAAGUAUCAACAACAGCUUCAUUUCUUGGUAGGCGAGGAAGAAUGAAUAUCUAUUUUGUUAUGCAGCAGGAAAGAUUCAUCUCCACUGAAGCUGAGAUUUCUGUAAGCAAUGAAAUGUAUCACGCAUCACAGAUGGCGGGAUUAAUAUAGGGAACUCACUCUGUAGUAUUUGUAAAAUAAGAGAGUAGGAUGCUUUUUUAUUCACUGCAUAUCACCAUAGCAGACCAGUUGAACAACUUCUAAUAGGGGUAAAAUCUCCCUUGUAAAGCUUUGUUGUACUAUUAUAGUAGUAAUUCCUCUUCAACCUGAAUACUUUAUCAGCUAACAUCAGUUCUCAUUUCCCAGUU